CUGGAGGUGCACCCUCAAAAUGGCAACAUUUUGACAAGGUGCACCGCAUUUUGGGAGCUGUGAAGUCGGUCCACUUCACACAUUGUGUACUGGAUACUGCAGUCGACAAUGAUGAAAGUUGGGAAAACUUUGUAAAUAUGUUGGCUCGAGAACGGGCUUCAAGUAAGGAGCCAUCGCCACCCUUGGACUCCGAUAUACUGCUGUCUACCUCUAGUGUGCUGUCGCCAAUAGAAGUAAGCAACGAAUCUGAGGCUACAAGCUCGUCCGUAAUGAGUAAAAGAGCAGUGGACAGCAGCAUUUCGGAGUCCAAUGGUAGCGAUGGGCCACCUGCGAAGAGACAAAGAACAAAUUUUAACCCCAAGCCGGAGAUGACUGCUUACGAGUCGGCCAUGCUCGCUGCCACCAUCGAGGCAAAUGAAAAGAGGACAAAAGAGAUGGUGCGCUUCGGCUCCGAGCGUAAUGAAAACUCGCUGCGGUUUCAGGAGAAAUGUUUGGAGCUCUUGGAAAAACAUUUGAGCAAUUCAAAUAAAUAA